CGACGUAUUAGCCGGUGCCCUCGGGACGUGGGGUCAGCCGGAGCAGGCUUCGGCCUGUGUCUGCGGUCGAGGAGCCGUCAGAUGACGGGCUUCAACACCAACAAUGACCGUCUCGACGCUUCCCGAGUGCCCAAAGCAGUGGGAUCUGAACAAGCAGGCAACCACCGUGCCUGGCUCGGAGCAGCCUGGGUACACGCCCAUCUAUCGCAACGCCGGCGUGCCCGAGCUCGACGCCCAGGAAACCAUUUAUGACCUCUUUGCUAGCGGCCUCCGCGUCUCUGCCGACCGGCCCUGCCUUGGCCAACGGCCGUGGGACGAAAAGGCAAGCGACUUUGCCCGGCGCUUCGAGUGGCUCACCUACGCCCAGGUCGAUGAGCUGAGGACUGCGGUCGGGUCCGGCCUGACGCGGCUGCAGCAGGAAGGCAAGCUGGGCCAGGGUGUGGCCGACACCAACUGGAUGAUGGGCAUCUGGUGCCAGAACCGGCCCGAGUCACAAAUCAUCGACCUGGGCGCCGUCUCGUACUCGCGCAUGAUUGUCUCGCUGUACGACAGCUACGAUCAGGCGACUGCCCUCUUUGUCCUUGCUCACUCCGAGUCGCGCGUCUGCUUCACCACGGCCUCGCACCUGGCCGCGCUGCUGAGCCGGUCCGAGGAGGUGCCGCUGCUCAAGUGCAUCGUCCUCCUCGACUCGAUCCCGCGCCGGUCGGGCGAGGAGACGCUGGCGAGGCAGUGGGCCGAGACCCGGGGCAUCCAUCUCGUCUCCUAUGCCGGCCUGCUCGAGCUGGGGCGCAAGCACCCCUUCAAGCACAACCCGCCGACGAACAACCGCGACGUGACCACAUACUGCUACACGAGCGGCACCACGGGCACCCCAAAAGCGGCCAUGGUCACCCAUCGCCAGAUUGCCACGGCGGCCAUCGUGUUUGCCUACUUUGUCACGGGUGACCCGCGCGACGAGCGCACCCUCUCCUACCUGCCCCUGUCGCACAUGUACGAGCGCACCGUCGAGGCUGCCUACCUGCGCAUGGGUGCCUCAAUUGGCUACUUUAGCGGCGAUGUGCUCCGGCUCAUUGAGGAUGCCCAGAUCCUGGGGCCGACGCUGUUUGCAGGCGUGCCCCGCGUCUUCAACCGCAUCGCAGGCAUGAUCCAGGCCCAGGCCGACGGGCCCGGGCUCAAGGGCAAGCUGCUGCGCACGGCCAUCGCAGCCAAGGUGGCCAACCACGACCAGACUGGGACGGUGCACCAUGCGUUCUACGACCGCGUCGUCUUUGCAAAGGUGCGCGCCGUCCUCGGUGGGCGUGUCACGCUGAUGCUCUCGGGCAGCGCGCCGAUCCGGGCCGAGACGAUCAAGCUCCUCCGCGUCUGCUUCAGCUGCGACAUCCGCGAGGGCUAUGCACAGACGGAGAAUGCCAGCCAGUGCCUCAUCAUGCUGCCCCACGACACUGUUCUCGGCACGUGUGGCCCGCCAUUCAUUGGCGUCGAGGUCCGCCUCAAGGACUGCCCCGAGCUGGGCUACACGUCGCAGGACAAGCCCCAUCCCCGCGGUGAGAUUCUCUCGCGUGGACCGGCCGUGUUUCCCGGCUACGCAAAGGACCCGGCCAAGACGCGCGAGACCAUCGACGACGACGGCUGGCUCCACAGCGGCGACGUGGGCUCCGUCGACGACACGGGCCGGUUCCGCAUCAUCGACCGGGUCAAGAACCUCGUCAAGCUCUCGCAGGGCGAGUACGUGGCCAUUGAAAACGUCGAGCAGAAGCUCGCCCACAAGAUCAUGGCCCAGUUCUGGCUCUAUGGCGACGCGCGCGAGGCCCACCUCGUCGCCGUGGGCGUGCCGGACCCAGACGCGUUUGCGCCCUACGUCUCGUCGGUCCUGGGCAAGCAGGUGUCACCCACGGAUCUCGCAGCACUCGACAGCGCCUGCUGCGACCCCAAGAUCGUCUCAGCCGUCGUCAAGGACAUCCACAACACUGGCAGGGCCGCGAGCUUGCGCGGCUUCGAGAUCCCAAAGGCCGUCAAGCUGCGCAUGGAGCCGUUCAGCAUCGAAAACGGCCUCCUGACACCCACGUUCAAGGUCAAGCGCGCAGAGGCCGCAAAGAUUCUCGCAGAUGACAUUGCUGAGCUGUACAGGGCUUCUUCUAACUUGUAG